CUCAAUUGAAUCCUGCUUGAGUUGGAGUCCAGCACCAGCAGAGCAGAAUGCGAGCUCUACUCCACUCUGCUUCCUCCCCGCCGCCGCCGGCGGCCAUCUCCAUCGACUCCGACAUGGUGGUCAUCCUGGCCUCCCUCCUCUGUGCCCUCAUCUGCGUCGCCGGCCUCGCCCUCGUGGCGCGUUGCGCCUGCCGCCGCCCUCGCCCCCGCCCCCGCCGGCCAAGCAGUAGCGCUGCCCCACCCGCCUCCAUCCCUGCACCCAAAGGCCUGAAGAAGAAGGCCAUCGACGCGAUACCCACCGUGUCCUUCGCCGCCGGCAAGCAGCAGCAGACGGCGGAGUGCGCCAUCUGCCUGGCGGAGUUCGGCGCGGGCGAGGAGCUACGCGUGCUGCCGCACUGCGGCCACGGCUUCCACGUGGCCUGCAUCGACACGUGGCUGGGGACCCACGCCACCUGCCCCUCCUGCCGCGCCACCGUCGCCACAUUGUUCGUCCCGGGCCGUUGCCGGAGGUGCGGGGAGGUGGACGACGCAGCCGCGCUGGAGGCCGCCCGUUUCUCCACUACCAACUCUGAAGACGACACCUAAUUACUACUACUAGCUAACUACGGACUGCAAUCUGGAAUCCUUUCGUCGGAUCGGAGCGUUCAAGUGCCUAACAACAAGCACAUCGUACGUGUCUGUAUCUACGAUCGAUUUGCAUUACAUUAGAUCAUUAGAUACAUAAUAUAUAUUGUAUAUAGUAUUAACUAUCAAAGUAGUUGUAUCAUAUUUUAAUGGGCAUGCAUGCUCUACACUAGCUUGUUCUUAGGUUCUUUAUUUCGUCUUGAUCGCCCUCCCGGAACCAUGCAUUACAUCC